AUGCGUACACUAGGACUAGACGGGAGACCAAAUACCCGCCGCCGCCGCGACGAAGCUGGUUCCUCUAACCCACCACCGCAGCCACCACAGCCAGUUGGAUAUCCUGGUGGACCAUCAGAUUUAUCUUUACUUGUUCGAUAUCAAGACCAUGUUGCUCGCCGGUUAUGGUACGGAGAGGAAAGAGGCUCUAAAAAGGAGCUUAAAGUCGCUGGGCACGGGACGAAGCUCCAGGAGAGAGUGCCUCAGCAGCUCCCACCUGAGAUUGAGGCUAUCGUGACUGGGUCAGGUCUGGCUUCUCUUCAGAGAACUAGCCUGACCAAGAUAGACGUUAAUCUCGUCUCACCAUUUGUGGAGAGGUGGCAUGUUGAGACUUCGUCAUUUCACAUGCCAUUUGGUGAAAUGACGAUUACUUUAGAUGAUGUUGCGUGCCUGCUCCAUUUGCCUAUCAAUGGUAUGUUCUGGUAUCCUGAUGAGCAUGUCACAGAGCAGGUGGCUGUUGAUCUUGGCUGUGAGUUAUUGGGAGUGGAUAGACAUGCCAUGGUUGUACAUGUGCGUUCUUGCAGGGGAGCUUAUUACUCACUUCAGUGGCUGUAUGACAGAUUCGUGCAGUACCGUGCUGCUGGUAGUUGGACUUACGCGACCAGGGCAUAUCUGAUGAUGUUGGUAGGUUCUACCAUUUUUGCGGAUAAGACAUUUACCCUGGUUGAGGCCCGAUAUUUGCUAUUGUUUAGAGAUCUACGUGGGCUUGGUUCAUACAGUUGGGCAUCAGCGGCACUGGCCACUCUUUAUCGCCACCUUGGGGAUGCAUCUAUGUUUAGUUGCAAGCAGCUCGGUGGAUAUCCUACUCUGCUACAGGAGAAAACUGGCGGUCAGACAACCUAG